AGGCGUCACGCACUCCAUGGUAACGACGCUCGGCCGAAGAUGGCGGCCGAGUGGGGUGGAGGAGAGAGUUUCUUGGGUUCGGGCCCGGGCCGGAGCUGGUGGAACUGGAGCAGUUCUUUUUGGGUCCAAAGCAUUUUAUUCCUGUUGGGAGGGCUCCAGACAAGCGCUGCAUCUGUUCCUGUCUCCUUGGGCAGCUCCCCUCCAUGCCGGCACCACGUUCCCUCGGAGACUGAGGUCAUAAAUAAAGUUCAUCUUAAGGCAAAUCAUGUUGUAAAGAGAGAUGUUGAUGAGCAUUUGAGAAUCAAGAUCGUCUAUGAUAAAAGUAUUGAAGAAUUGCUUCCUGAGAAAAGACAUCUUGUAAAGAACAAACUUUUCCCACAAGCUAUUUCUUAUUUAGAGAAGACUUUUCAGGUUCGUAGACCUGCUGGCACUAUCUUACUCAGCAGACAAUGUGCAACAAACCAAUACCUACGGAAGGAAAAUGAUCCUCAUAGAUACUGUACUGGGGAAUGUGCAGUGCAUACAAAAUGUGGCCCGGUUAUAGUUCCUGAGGAGCACCUCCAGCAAUGCAGGGUCUGCCGUGGAGGUAAAUGGCCCUGUAGAGCAGUGGGUGUGUCAGACCAAGAAGGCGUCCGGGAUGCAGACUUUGUUCUUUAUGUUGGUGCUCUGGCCACUGAGAGAUGCAGUCAUGAAAACAUCAUCUCUUAUGCAGCCUAUUGUCAGCAGGAAGCAAAAAUGGACAGGCCAAUAGCAGGAUACGCUAACCUGUGUCCAAAUAUGAUCUCGACCCAGCCUCAGGAGUUUAUUGGAAUGCUGUCCACAGUGAAACAUGAGAUUAUUCAUGCCCUG